AUGCAUAUUUUCAAAAUUGUUACUCUAUAUCUUACAGUAACAUAUCAUAGUUAUGGACAGGCAAGUAGCAAAAAGGGAGCGAAUGCAUAUUCAACAGAAGUUUUGGCAUGUUUUUCUGGUGAUUCAUCGGUAAUGUUAACAAAUGGGGAACGGAAACAAAUCAGUUAUCUUCAAACAGGUGAUGAAAUUCUGACUGUUGAUCAUUUGAAAAUAGUUCCUACUGAAAUGGUUAUUAUGUUGGAUAAACAAAGAUCAAAACAAGCUCAAUUUUAUACAUUCGUAACUGAUUCGGAUCAUAAAAUAAGUUUAACAGGUCUUCAUUUACUACCGAUUAUUUCGUCAAAUAAAAAAAUUAAUUACAUUGCGGCUCGAGAAGUUCAAUUGGGUGAUCAACUUUAUGCUUUAGUUAAUGAUCAUAUAGAAUCUUCACCAAUUAGAAAUAUAACUAUUGAAAUAAAACAAGGAUAUUUCGCUCCAUUAACAUUGGCAGGAACUUUAUUGGUAAAUGAUGUUUUGGCAAGUUGUUAUGCAUCAGUAAAAAGCCAUCAAUGGGCACAAAUUUCUAUGAUUCCAUUUCGUUGGUAUUAUAGAUUAGCUCGUUUUAUUUCUGUCAAUGAUCCAUUUGAUAAUAAUCGGACAGAUGGAAUACAUUGGACUGUGCAGAUUAUUUAUCAACUGAUAAGCUAUAUUCAAUCAUUGACAUUACAAAUUUUAUAA